UAGAUGAUGAGCUGAACAUGAAGAUGUUGGUGGUGUUUGUGAUCCUCCUGCACGUUUCCCAGCAUGCCCUGGCUGUGGUGGUGGAGGUGAAUGAGGGUGAAAAUUACAUUCUGCUGCCCUGUCUAUACUCCGAUUAUGUACCUGAUGACCCCACGGUGAUGUGGACUCGCAAUGAUCUCGAUCCCAAAGAUGUGCACCUGCGAGGAGAAGGAGGAGAUGAUCUCAGAGGGCAAAACCAGCGUUACAGCGGGCGCACAUCAAUGAGUCCUGAUGCUCUGGAUGCUGGAGACUUCAGCCUCACUCUAACAACACCAGAACUAAAUGACAGUGGCAGCUACACCUGCUCCAUCCGUAAUCAAAUAAAUGAACUGAGAGUGACAGAUAUACAGCUGCAGGUCAAAGACCAGCAGGUGGAGGUGAAGGUGGAGGAAAGGUCAGAGUCUGUCAUCCUGCCCUGCAAAACAAGUCCUGACCUGCCCAAGGACACCAGAGUGGAGUGGACUCGCUCUGAACCAGAACUCGUGAUAGUCCAUGAGUUUUCAAAUGUAAGUGAACCCCUUAAGAAACAGGAUGAACGUUACUGUGGCCGCACAAUGAUGAAUGAAGACCUGCUGAGAACCGGAGACCUCAGUCUGACCCUGAAGUACCCGACACAGAGAGACACAGGAGGAUACAUCUGCACCAUCUACAGGGGCAAAGACAUCCUGAGACAGAAAGUUGUGCUCCAGGUCAAAGAACCAUUUCCGUUCUGGAUCAAAGCUCUCCUGGUUCUCCUGGUUCUUUUGGUCAUUGUCGUUGCCAUUUCUGGAGGAUUUUUAUUUUAUUUCCGGCAGCACUUCAUGUCAGUUUACAAGGUGGAGGUGGAUUCAGUGGUGGAGUCUCUCCAGCUGCCCUGCAAAACCACAGCUUUCUUGCUGAAAGAUGCUAAAGUGGAGUGGAAGGACAGUGAAAACAGGAAGGUCCACGUGUAUCAGAGUGGCUCUGACCAGCCUGGAGAACAGGACGACUUUUACAGAAGACAAACAGAGAUGAAGAGAAACCUGCUGAAAACUGGAGACCUCAGUCUGACCUUGAAACAGCCCAAAGCCAGUGACACCUACACCUGCACCGCCUACAACAAAGACGGAAACAUCCUGAUGAAGAAACAAGUGGUGCUGAAAGUCAAAGGUGGAGGUGGAUUCAGGGGUGGAGUCUGUCCUGCUGCCCUGCAAAGCCAGCAUCCACCUGCCUAAACAUGCUAAAGUGGAGUGGAAGGACAAAUAUGGGAACGUCCACGUGUAUAAGGACGGUUCUGAC